CUCUCUACCAUUUCCAGCGGGUGGUAGAGGUUGACCAAGUUAGAAAGGCGUCCCUUCCCUCCACAAUUUUAUCCAAACAAACAGAUAGCAUAGGAUAAAGUAAUAAUAAUACCUGCUCCCGAGUCUCCACUCUCUCCGCUAUGUAGUUUCCUUAAUAUCCCAAAAAUCCCUUCUUCAUGGCUUCUUUGCCUUCAGUUGCUGUUACUCGCACUCUCAAACUCGACCCAGAUUUCAGGAAGCACCCCACCACCGAAAAGAGUCCAAGCUUCUCAUAUCAGAGAAAUCAGACACUGACCCAUUUGGAUGGAAGUUCAGAAAAAAGGUCGGUGGACUUCCGAGAAGCACUUUCAAUGAUGAAAGAGGGGACGAAGUUCGAAUCUUCUUAUUAUGUCCCCCUCUUGCAAGAAUGCAUAAACAAAAAUUCGGUUUCGGAAGCACAGAUUGUUCAUGGGCAUAUUAUGAAAACAGUAACACAAGAAGAUUUGUUUGUCAUGACGUUCCUGAUUAAUGUUUAUGCAAAAUGUGGAAGCAUGGAAAAUGCUCAGAAGGUCUUUGACAAUUUGCUUAGAAGAAAUGUUGUUUCAUGGACAACCCUAAUGACUGGUUAUGUUCAAAAUUCGCAGCCUGAGAUUGCCAUCCAGAUUUUCCAAGAAAUGUUGGAGGCUGGGGCUUAUCCUACAAAUUACACUCUAGGAACUGCUUUGAAUGCUUGUUCUUCAUUGUACUCUGUCAUGUUGGGGAAGCAAUUUCAUGCCUAUAUUAUCAAAUACCAGAUUGACUUUGACACAAGUGUUGGCAAUGCCCUUUGUAGCUUUUACUCCAAACUUGGCAACUUAGAAUCUGCUAUUAAAGCCUUUCAGAGGAUUAGGGAAAAGAAUGUGAUCUCAUGGACUGCAGUUAUAUCGGCUUGUGGUGAUAAUGGAGAAGCUGCAAGGGGUUUGAGGUUUUUUGCUGAGAUGCUUGCUGAGGACAUCAUACCCAAUGAGUUCACCUUGACUAGUCUCUUGAGCUUGUGUUGUACAAUGCUGUCUUUGGGUGUAGGGGCACAAAUUCACUCAUUAAGCAUUAAACUUGGCUAUAUGUCCUCUCUACCCAUUAAAAAUUCUAUCAUGUAUUUGUAUCUUAAAUGUGGAUGUAUUAGUGAGGCUGAGAAAUUGUUUGAUAAAAUGGAAACUUUUAGCCUGGUUACAUGGAAUGCAAUCAUUUCUGGCCACUCCCAGAUGAUGGAUUUUGCAGAGGAUGAUCUUUCAGCAUACCAAAGUGGAUGUGAGGCACUUAACAUUUUCUUUAAAUUGAACCAGUCAGGCAUGAAACCUGAUUUAUUCACCUUCUCAAGUAUCCUAACUGUAUGUAGUAGAUUGGUGGCCGUAGAACAGGGGGAACAAAUUCAUGCUCAGAUCAUUAAAUCUGGGUUUUUGUCAGAGGUGGUAGUCGGCACUGCACUAAUUAAUAUGUAUAAUAAGUGUGGAAGCAUUGAGAAAGCAACUAAGGCUUUUGUGGAGAUGAAUACAAGAACUAUGAUAUUGUGGACUUCUAUGAUUACAGGUUUUUCUCAGCAUGGCCAGUCUCAACAAGCGCUGCAGCUCUUUGAGGAUAUGAGACUAGCUGGUGUUAGACCAAACCAGAUUACUUUUGUGGGUGUUCUAUCUGCUUGUAGCCACGCUGGAAUGGUCAAGGAAGCUCUCAGUUACUUUGAGAUGAUGCAAAAGGUAUAUAAGAUUAGGCCUGUAAUGGACCACUUUGCAUGCCUGAUUGAUAUGUUUGUGAGGUUGGGUCGGUUAAAUGAAGCUUUUGAUUUUAUCAAGAAAAAUGAUUUUGAGCCCAAUGAGUUUAUAUGGUCGCUCUUGAUGGCUGGAUGUAGAAGUCAUGGGAAUUUAGAAUUGGGUUUUUAUGCUGCUGAACAAUUACUCAAGCUCAAACCAAAAGACACCGAAACUUAUGUCUUGGUGUUGAAUAUGUACCUCUCUGCUGGUAGAUGGAAGGAUGUUUCUAGGGUGAGAAAAAUGAUGAAAGAAGAGAAGCUCAAAAAGUUACAUGAUUGGAGCUGGAUUAGCAUAAAAAACAAGGUUUAUUCAUUUAAACCAAAUGACAAGUCACAUUUUCGUAGUGCAGAUAUUUACAAAUCAUUGGAGAACUUGCUCGACCAGGCAAAGAGCCUUGGUUAUGAGUCACUAGAAACUUUGGAGGUAACCGAUGGCGAUGAAGAAAAGACAUACUCUUCUACUGCAUAUCACAGUGAAAAGUUGGCCAUUGCAUUUGGGUUGUUGAACACGCCAAAUGCUGCACCAAUACGAGUUAUCAAGAGUAUCUUUAUGUGCAGGGACUGCCAUAAUUUUGUUAAGUUCAUCUCAUUACUGACUGCUAGGGAAAUUGUCAUUCGAGAUAGCAAGCGGCUUCAUAAAUUUGUCAAUGGACACUGUUCUUGUGGAGAAUUUAGUGGUCUUUUUUGAUAUCCUUGUCUGGGUGAGUGGGAUAAAUUCAAAAGGUUGUUACUCUCGUUAAACUUUAACAUGUUUUUUGAGGUUGACUGAUGGAGAGGCGUGUUGUGUAGUCCCUUUUGUUUUCAUACAAGGUCAAAUACAAAGUUCAUACCAA